ACCGCGGCCGGUGGGGAGGCUCAACAGCAGCUACGCGUCGGAGGAAGCGGCACGCGUGCGGCCGCCUCCUCCGUCGGCACCGCCGGCGUCACGCUUCUCAAUCGACGUGCCGGCAAGCGCUCGCCACGGCGAUGCAACGCCGGCGGACGUAGAAGCGCGAUGACGAUGGACCUGCAGCGGCUGAUCAACGAGGUGCACGCGAGGCCCGCGAUUUGGGACCAGAAGAAUGUCAACUAUCACAAUCGCGAUGUCAUACUGAAGAUGUGGCGGGAGAUCGCGAGGGCAUGCGAGGUGUCGACUGAUGUCGCCAAAUCCAAAUGGAAACACCUACGCGACAACUUUCGAAACGAGCUAAAAAAGACCUACCGGGGUAAGUGCGACGGUAUCGGCGGCACCGAGCACGACUCUAAGUGGGUCUGGUUCAAGAGCCUAUUCUUCCUGCGGGACCAAAUGAACUCAAGGGUGAUCGGCUGCGCCCUGUCACAAAACUGCAUUGGUACAGUCGGGAUGCGUUCCUCGCCGGAUGGCACGCAGAUCGAACCGCAGAUUGACAUUCUUGAGGGCCACGAGGAGACUCAGUUCGACGACUUGGACGGUGACUCUUGCCAGUCAUUGCUAUCCGAUGACGGUCUGCAUCAGGUGAUGCCGCCGCCAAAGAUGAACAAGAUAAUCAGUCGGAAACGAGCGCUAAUGGACGCGAUCGAAAACGAUUACGGCGUGGAAGUGGACCGAAAGCGAUAUGAAUCACUGCAGAAGAGACUGGCGAUCGGUCCUGAGGACGAGGACGACACCUACCACUUCCUCAUGAGCGUGCGAAAUCCUCUGAGAAGCCUGCCACUCGACAGGCAGAUGUUUGUUCGUCUCAAGAUCCAGGAGUUGGUCUACAACGAAAUCAACUCGCAAAAUCAACAGCAGCAGCAGACCGCAAGUCGCGGAAUCUACGACGCUUCCUCACAGGGCCAAGACGUGAAACCCCCGCGCGCCGGUAACGGCGGCAAUGGCGUCGUCGUCGGUGACGUCAGCGACAUGGCGAAUCCGGCGUCAUUGCUACAGAACUGCACGGCCGAAGGCUCCGGCGAUGAUGCCUUCUUCGGCUGACGGGAGCCCGUUUGCUGUUUAAUUCGCUAAUA